AUGGUUGUCCUUCGUGGAUCUAGUUUCAGCCAUGACCUCGUACGAGGUCUAAGGAUGCUGAGUAUGAGAAGUGUUAGAUCAAAACGUAACGCAAAGCCCGAUGCUUCACGAGGCGUUACAAAUAAUGAGCUUAGGAUGGAUCAUGAAAUGUUUGACGCUGUUGAACAUCUUUCCGAUACGUUGAUAAACGAUACUUCUCGUUCUGUGGCCGCGAGUAUAACUAAGGAACACCAAAGAGCACGUGAGAAUAUUAAGGCUCGAAUAAUUUUUCGGAAAAACUUCAGGGGCCCUCCUGAGUUGACAAUUCUCACCUAUCGCGCUAGAGAGCAGAUUGCACAUUUGUCGAUGACCCAGCCAUCCGAGUGGGGUGCAGAAGCCGUUUCUGAAUACUUUCCCAUUUCCUGCUGCGGUGCAGCUUUACUCUUACAAAAGCAGAGGAAAAAUCCGCAUCGGUUUUUUCGUUCUCUCGAUUUUGUCGUAAACCAUGAUACUCAGUCAAUUAAGAAUUGGCUUACUCUUAUCGAAGUUAUUUGUACAGCACAGGUUGAAGAUCAAGUAAAGGCGAAUGAAUCCCAGACACUUCAAAUUUUAAGUACUCGUCUGCCCAGUGGUUUACGUUGGAUUGGAGUUGCGAACGUUUUGAAUAAGCUAGCCUUCGCCGACGGAAACCCAGCACUUCCCUAUCCACCUCAAACGUCCAUCGAAGCAUUUAGUUUCAUCAAAUCGCGCCAUCAACCGGGGUACUUCCAACAAAUUGCCGAAAGAUUUUGUAAACCCAUUGACACAACCAAUGAAUCCAUCUGUGUGCGAGAACAGCAAUUGUCUGUCAUCAAUAAACUGAUUAGUCUUUUCAGGUGCAUGGACUUUUCCGUGUUUACUCAACCUCUGUUGGAGGACAGUGCAUUGACCUUCAAAACAGUUUGUCGUAAUUGGUUGUACAUUGAUUCCAACUCACCGCAGCUGGCCCAGUCUCGGUUGCCAAAAACUAAGUCAAAAGUUGACUGUGAUUUUACGAAAAGCAUUCGUUAUAAGCGAGACCUUUCAGUCGGAUCAUUGAACGAGGAGUCUAUAUUGUCUUCCACAGAGGGCGGUGGGUACCGUCAUUCAGCCUUAGAAAACACAAUUCCAGGGCUAAGCCUCCAGAUUUCGCCGUCCAUGGAUCGGUGUUUAAGUGUACUGCCACCGAUUGACACCUUCAGUCACCAGUUCCCAUGUCUCGUGAUAUUGAUGUGCCACGGUUACUUGCAGGAAGUCGAGCCGAGAUUCAAUAGGCAGGAGGAGAGCAAACGUGGUUUGAAAGUGAAGAGUCGACGUAAUCGGACCUCAGGAGGCAUUCAAAAGCAAGCCAAACCCCUUUCUAUUUCUAAAAACGGCACUACUCUCGAUAAGCAUGGAUUCCCCUGUCCCAUACCCUCGUGCGUUCGAGCAAGUCCGGAAACUGCGUUCAAGCGACGAUAUCUCAUGCAAGAGCACUUGAAUUUCCACAGGAGGCAAAAGCCCUUCUGCUGUGAUCGCUGCCCUCAACGAUUUACUUCAAGGCAGAACCUCGCGCGUCAUCGCCUCAUUCACGCUGGUGUAACCUACACCUGUUCCGAGUGUCGUCACGUUUUCAUGCGAUCCUCUGAUCGCUCCAAGUGCUUGCGAAACCAUAGGCUGCAGAGAAUCAUUUCUGAACAGGGAACGAAUGCUAGGCCAGCUCCCGCAGUUGUGGUGCCUAAGAAUGCGUCGAUUUCCUUUCCCACCACUAUCAAUGGCCCUUACGUCUGUCCUUUAUGUCCAGAUCAACGGGGGUAUAAAUUGGACUCCUCUCUGCGAAAGCACAUGCGUCUCCACCAUCCCAACUACAAGCGCACCAUGGGCAUUCAAGUCUCACGAGUCGACGAGAUUCCUUCCAAGGUGGCUACCCAGCAGGUUGGAGACCCUCGAAGACCACCUUCGGAGACUGCUGUAGUUAACUACAGUUUGAAGACACCCGCAAUUGCCGUGGCAUCAGACCCCACAGCUUCUCAACUGCCAAUCAGCCUCGGUUCUGGUACCGGGGCCUACCUCCUAUCCACUGGGGAUAUUUUCUAUGCAGUAGUUCCUCAAUACACAGGAAUUGACCAGCCCAUCCCUGCUGUUGGGCCUGCCGGAGUAGAAGGAACUACUGAGCAGCGUCCCACCAUUUUAAUGGAGCUAGCUCCUGCUGGAUCGGGUGUAGUGGGAGAAGAGCCUCGACGGUCAGUUCACAGUGCCGUCUUGGGAGUCACAGAGGGACCCCUGAUAUUUACUCACUGCCUCCCUGUCGACCUCUGUACUUCGGCACUCUGCUUGACUGUCACUGAUCCUUCGCUUCCAACCUCCCUCUCCCCUACGUCUCAGCAUCCGGCAGUGAUUCCUGUCCAGACCAGGGUGUGUUCGUCGAUUGCUGGUGAAGGAGCCCUCGAUCUGACCGAGCUGCCCCAUGAGGUUAUCGAUCUGUCGCACAGCAACCCCGUCGACCUGAGCAGUGCGCACCCUCAUGCGUCGAGAUCCACGCUGUGGGAACCGGAACCGGGUUUCAGCUUCACCGAUCUCCUCAAUGUGGAUGACGAGGAUCCCAGAGGACUUCUUCUAGGUAGCGAAUUCGAGGUUGGAUUGGAUUUACGGCUCCCUGAACCUCUGUGA